CAGAGCUGCACGCGCCGUCCGGAGUCGCGCGGAUCAUUUUGAAUGUUUUAUUUCACCUGCGGACUUCCGGUUUGAAAAGAGGUUUGAAAACUUUUAAUUUGGCUCAGAUUCUAAUUCUUUGAUUUCGAAAGAACCACCGGAGAGCCGAAGAGGACAGGAUCAGGCCCGCCAGCGGCAGGAGGAUGUCCCGUGCCGAGGAGCGCGAGGAGGCGGACUGCGUGUGUUCCGUCGGGAUGAAGUUAACGUGGGACAUCAAUGACCCCAAGCUGCCACAGGACACGAAGCAGUUUGACCCGUUCCAGGAGUGGACAGACGGUUACGUCCGGUACAUUUACAGCGGGAGCAUGAUUACAUGUCAAAAUAUAUAUGCAAAAGGUGUUCAUGAUCAUCCCAGACCAGAGUCCAAAUCAGAGACUGAAGCCAGAAGGAGUUCAGUAAAGAGACGAGUCAACUCACCUCCAUUCACACCAAAGAGACGACUCAUUGAAACACAGGCUCUUGGCCCUGCGCUCCUCUCCUGCGUUGAACCAACGGAUAGGAUUUCCUUCAUUGAACCAAACUUCCCUCAGCACUACCCAGCAUUCCAAAGCCCAGAACCCUACUACAACCCCCACAAUGCACUGGGAGAGAGCACACCAACACUUCAGAAACCAGCCAAUCCCAGGCUUUAUAUGAGCAGGCCCGGAUAUGACUUCCAAGGAUACCUGACCUCACCUUCAUAUCCUGUGACCUCUGACCUUUGCGACCCUAGAGUGGCCCCAGUCCUGGGUUCCUCGUCGUCCUCGUCUCCAUCGUCAGCUCCUCUCUCCUCCUCCUCCACCUCCUUUGACCCCCAGACAAAGACCCCUUCUGGAUGGAAAGAACUGCUGAAGAACUCUGCCCCCUACAGUGACAACCACCAUUACUACAGCACCGAGUACCCUUGCCGUUAUGCCAGCAACAACCCGGGUUCACCAGCAGCACUGCAGACCAUCAUCACAACGACAACCAAGGUCUCCUAUCAACCGUGUCCGAAGCCUCCUGCUGCCCUCCCUCCUUACCAGUCGUGUCCCAAACCCUCUGUCGGCCUGCCCUCUUACCAGCCCUGCACUCCCUCCAAACCUGCUGGCCUUCCUGGCUGCUCCUCCUUACUAGACGACCCCUCCUCAUCCUCGUAUUCCACCGAGGUGAAGGUGACAGAAGAGUCGGGUGGAGUCAUCAAGUCUCUAUCUUUCCAGCCUGAGCCUCUUCAGACCAAAACUGAACGGGCUGACGGCUAUGACUACCGCUACUCGUACCCCAACACGUACCGCUACGACGACUACUGAGGGAGCAAUACAUCCAUCACUGUUACCACUGCCGCUACUACUGCAGGUACUGCUGCUGCCAACAGAGAUGGCAACAUCCCACUAACUAGAGGCAAACUUCCUAUGACUGCUAGUAUCACUGGACCAUUCAGGUACCAAGAGGAUCAGUCUGAAUCCAGGUUUUGUUCCCUGAGAGACUUUCUGGAAAAAUUCACUUAUCAAACGAUGAUCUUUUUCACGUCGGACGUCAGAGAAUCACCUCUGGAGACGUUCAGGGGAGGAACUGCGAAUACAGCACUCAGGCAAAUGGGAAUAUUUGCAACCAGUAUCCUGUUACUGGGCUGGUGUUCCUGGAGCUCACCCUCUAGGUGCUUCUCACAAAAGAAAAACAGCAUAAAUCAUUAAAAUACUGUGUAUAUUAUUUAUUAUCUUUCAACUUUCUGAUAUUUCCUGAAACAGGCUGACACGCUGAUUACUUGGUAAUCUCCAAAAUCUAGUCAAGGCACAACAAACUGUACAGCAUAUUUGAGCUGAAGGUUUUGUGUUUUCACCACAAAACACACGUUCGUAUUUCGAUGGAUAGUCUUCAUAUCAACUUUGGCCAAAGUUUCAAAUAACGGAGCCUAACAGUCUAAAGCUAAGCUCACUGCUCUGAACACUUGGUUUACUGCUGGGUUUUUUACACUCUGUAUCUGUAAGUAUCAUUAAAUAUCAUAUGACAUCACAUUGAUGUCACAGAGAUAGUCAUAGAUUGUAUCACCUAUAUAGAUCCCAUCUCAUCUAUGUAAGAUAUAGAGUCACAGAAUUAAACUGAGGAGUUGGCAGUGAGCACAGGAAGUCAUCACGUCAGAAUGAGAACAUUUGGCUCCAUCAGCAGACUGAGAUUCAUUACUGAAUAACCAGCGCACACGUCGCACUGUUUGUUGGACUGGAUUUCCUUUAUUUCAAAACUCAUUUAAUCAUGUUUCAUAUUUUUAAGAACAUUUUAUUAGUUUCACUGGAACAAAUUUCUGUGAGCAUCUGAAAACAGAGGGCUGCAACAAAGGGGCGACGUCAAAGAUCAAAACUGAACUAUAAGUGUCUCUGUGUGCCGAGGAAGACCCUGAGAUGUGACUGAAAGCAGAGCUGGAUCCAAACAUACGUAUAUCCAUAAAUAAAGUAGAACUAAAAAGUCUGAAAAGACUUUCACUUGAGGUUUUUCAUGUGAGAGACUUUUAAACACUCUGCAAUCAGAAAUCAUAAUGACCUGGAUGCACUUGGAGUAUUUAUUCUAUCUGUUAAAGCCACUGCCUUUUCCUGAACCUGGAAGAACAAACAACGUUUGACUGAGGAGAUCUGAACCUGUUGAAGUGACACAUUAA